AUUUUUUUUUUCCUCGAAUGCUUCCCUCCGCUUCUAGAUCCCCGUUGCCAUCCAAAACCCUUAUCACUCUCCUCCUCCCAAUCUUCCGCCAUUCAUCUACUGCUGCUGCGCUGCCGAUGGAAGUCACCGCCUCCGAGGAAACCCUGCGGAGCAACCUGGCCGAGAAGCAGGCAGCCGUGGAGGCCCAAGCGGAGGCCGUCCGUAAGCUCAAGGCGGAGGGUGCCGAGAAACCGGAGAUCAACGCGGCCGUCGAUGCCCUCAGGGCCCUGAAGGUGGAGUCUUCCGCGGUGGCGAGGUGUCUUCAAACCGUUAUCAGCAACAACGGCGGCGGCGGCGCCGGUGAUCGCGAAGCGUUCCGGCAAGCGGUUGUGAACACGCUGGAGAGGAGGCUCUUUUAUGUUGCUUCUUUCAAGAUAUACCGUGGGGUAGCCGGCCUUUACGACUACGGCCCUCCUGGGUGCGCCGUCAAGUCUAAUGUUCUCGCUUUCUGGCGUCAGCAUUUUGUAUUGGAGGAGAACAUGUUGGAGGUAGAUUGUCCCUGUGUUACACCAGAGAUAGUUCUGAAGGCAUCAGGCCAUGUAGAGAAGUUUACGGACCUUAUGGUGAAGGAUGAGAAGACAGGAACCUGCUAUCGGGCUGAUCAUUUACUCAAGGAUUAUUGCAAAGACAAACUAGAGAAGGAUGUUAGUCUUCCUGCUGAAAAAAAUACUGAAUUAAAGCAUGUUUUGGCUGUGUUGGAUGAUUUAUCUGCAGAGGAACUAGGGGCUAAACUGAAGGAGUAUGGCAUUGUUGCACCUGAUACGAAGAAUCUUCUAUCUGAUCCUUAUCCCUUUAAUCUCAUGUUUCGGACUUCGAUUGGCCCGUCUGGCUUGAGCCCUGGAUAUUUGAGGCCGGAGACUGCACAAGGCAUCUUUGUGAACUUCAAGGAUUUGUAUUAUUACAAUGGAAACAGACUUCCAUUUGCAGCAGCUCAGAUUGGCCAAGCUUUUAGAAAUGAGAUUUCACCCCGGCAAGGAUUGUUAAGAGUUCGUGAGUUCACAUUGGCUGAGAUUGAGCACUUUGUUGACCCUAAAGACAAAUCCCAUCCAAAAUUUGUCGAUGUGGCUGACUUGGAGUUCCUAAUGUUUCCUCGAGAGCUACAAAUGGCCGGUGAAUCGGCAAAACCAGUUGUUCUUGGUGAAGCUGUUAGGAAGGGAACUGUAAAUAAUGAAACUCUUGGUUACUUCAUUGGGAGAGUUUACCUCUUUCUGACCCAUCUGGGCAUUGACAAAGAACGCCUUCGAUUCCGACAGCAUUUGCCGAAUGAGAUGGCGCACUAUGCUGUGGACUGUUGGGAUGCGGAGAUAGAGUGCUCGUAUGGAUGGAUAGAAUGUGUUGGAAUUGCAGAUAGAUCUGCUUAUGAUUUACGUGCUCAUACUGAGAAGAGUGGCGUUCCAUUGGUUGCUCAUGAGAGGUAUCCAGAGCCCAUAGAGGUGGAGAAACUGUUGAUCACUCCAUCAAAGAAAGAAUUGGGCAUUGCAUUUAAAGCAAACCAAAAAAUGGUUACUGAGGCACUUGAGGCCAUGACUGAAGCUGAAGCUUUGGACAUGAAAGCUUCUCUGGAAUCUAAAGGAGAAACUGAAUUCCAAGUCUGCUCUCUGGAAAAAUCUGUCAUCAUUAAGAAAAGCAUGGUCUCGAUCCACAUUGAAAAGAAGAAGGAACACCAAAGGACCUUCACACCUUCGGUUAUCGAGCCUUCAUUUGGCAUCGGGAGAAUCAUCUACUGCCUAUUUGAGCACUGUUUCUACACGAGACCGAGCAAAUCAGAGGAUGAGCACCUGAAUGUUUUCCGCUUCCCACCUCUUGUAGCUCCCAUUAAGUGCACUGUUUUCCCACUGGUCAAGAAUGAGAAGUUUGAUGAAACUGCCAAAAUCAUUUCAAAAUCUUUAACGGCAGCUGGAAUUUCUCAUAUUAUUGAUGUUACAGGUACCUCAAUUGGGAAGCGCUAUGCGAGGACAGACGAAAUAGGCGUGCCCUUUGCUAUCACCGUCGACUCAACCAGAUCGGUGACGAUCCGCGACAGGGAUAGCAAGGACCAAAUCCGUGUGAGCAUUGACGAAGUCGCUUCGGUGGUGAAGGAAGUAACUGAUGGGCAGAGCACCUGGGCUGAUAUCAUGUGGAGGUUUCCAACUCAUUCUGUAUCACAAGCUGAUGAGGACUGAAACUUUUCUCCCUACACUAUCUUUUUUACGGUUGGGAGGGUUCAGACUGAUUAUGGGAACUGGUGAAACAAGAUAAAUCCAUUACUUUUCAUGGUGAAACAAACAUAGGUAAUGUUAUAAUUUAUAAUGUUAUGGCUGAAUAGAAGUAAUUUUGUUUUGGGUGUUAAGGAAGCUGAGCAACUGAAAAAGGUUA